CUUUCCUCAGAGCGGUGCGGGCGCACGUGGGCAGCGGCGGAGAAUUAGAAGUCCUGGUCUGGUGUGUCCUCAGCAUGUUCUUGGCAAUCUCCCAAUAGCAGCUGUGAUGGUAAAACAAGAUCUAAGCCUGGCUUGGAACAGCCUCUGCCAGCAGCUGUGAUGCCUUGGGCACAAGACUCUGCUUAUCACAAGCAAAGUGCUUCUACAUCCCUUUCCCAUGGGACAAGGGGAGGAGGAGGCAUUCCCCUGUACCAGUAGGAACAUGGAGGAGCCCCUGGGUCCCCAGGACGAAGAGGCAUCCUCCCACACAGAGGUGCCUGGGUAUCCAGACAAAAGGACACACAGAAGAGUUCUGGGCAAGCGGUGCGGUCCCUAUCUAGCGUACAUCCUGGUGGUGGUUGUGGUCCUAGCUUUGGCUGCCGCUCUUCCUGUACAAUCAGCAGGGAGACAUGAAGGCUGUCCAACUCUGGUGCUGGCCUGUCCUGACGACUGGGUUGGGUAUCGCAAAGUCUGCUACUACCUCUCGAAUGAGGAGGGGAGCUGGGAGUGGAGCCAGGAGUGGUGCUCCUCACACGGGGCCUCGCUGGCUGUGCUCCAGAGGGAGUGGGAAAUGGAGUUUCUCUUGCGCCUCAAGGGCAACACUGAUGUCUGGCUUGGGCUGCAGAGACAAGGCGAGCGCCUGGAGUGGGUGGAUGGCAGCAGCUUCAACCAGAGGAUCCCGGUGCAGGGCCAAGAACCGUGUUUGUUCCUGAAGGACCAUGAUCUCUGGAGUUCAAGCUGCUCAAAGCAACGGCCUUAUGUGUGCAGCAAGGCCUCAGUUCUGAUGGGAACCACGUGAGGGAGCUGGUGGAGAAAGGUCCUUCCCGGUGCUGGGGACUGUUGGGUUUACGUGGCAAGGGUUUGGUAGUGGGGGGCUUCUCUGAGGAGAUGCCAGGAGCUGCCCCCGUGUUGGAUGGAGUCACUUCCAGCCGGCUCCAGGACGCACCCACUGCUGGCCAAGCAGUGUGUUUGAACCGUUAGAGUAAUUGUCGUUAAUUCUCUGCACGGUACUCAGGAGUAAAAAGUUAACCUCACCCUAACGCACUGAGUGGGCUGGGCCAUUAAAAUUGGUGACAGCCAACGUGGCUUCACUAAG